AUGCAGGAAGAAGGAGGCAGGAGGGAGGAGGCAGGAGGUAGGAAGAAGGAGGCAGGAGAAAGGAAGGAGGAGGUAGAAGAAAGGAGGCAGGAGGAAGGAAGAAGGAGGCAGGAGGGAGGAGGCAGGAGGAAGGAAGAAGGAGGCAGGAGGGAGGAGGCAGGAGGAAGGAAGAAGGAGGCAGGAGGGAGGAGGCAGGAGGAAGGAAGAAGGAGGCAGCAGGAAGGAAGGAGGAGGUAG